UCUGAUUGCUUGUUUACUCUUUUCUGUGGAAAACAUUCCAGAGCAAUUUUGUUCAGUAUUCUCAAAUACCUGAGCAGUGGACAAGGGCCUAGUUGUUCACAACAGUCAGGCAACUGCUACAUGAUGUUCCUUGUUCUGAAGUUGCUUCCCAGCCUAUAUAUACUGCUAAUGGCAUCAACUGCAUAUGUUCAAGCAUUGCCAUUCAGCAAUGGAACUGAUCUGGAUGCUCUGCUAGCAUUCAAGGCAGGACUAAGCUUCCAGUCAGAUCCACUGCCCUCAUGGAAUGCAACUACUGACUUCUGCUGGUGGCAUGGUGUCAUUUGCAGCCUUAAGCAUAAGCGAAGGGUCCUUGUACUGAAUCUGUCCUCAGCAGGGCUUGUUGGCUACAUAGCCCCUUCUAUUGGGAACCUCACAUACCUGAGAAGUCUAGACCUAAGCUACAAUCUGUUGCAUGGUGAAAUCCCUCCAACAAUUGGGCAAUUGUCGCAAAUGUCAUAUCUCGACUUGUCGAACAAUUCGCUCCAAGGUGAGAUCACACAUGGCUUGAGGAACUGCACGCGGCUCGUAAGCAUAAAACUUGACCUGAACAAACUCGAUCAUGGAAUCCCUGACUGGCUUGGUGGAUUGUCGAGGAUCAAGGUCAUGUCAGUAGGAAAAAACGGUUUCACUGGGAUUAUCCCAUCAUCAGUUGGCAACCUCUCAUCACUGCAGGAAAUGUAUCUCAACGACAACCAGUUUAGUGGACCAAUCCCUGAGAGCCUUGGCAGGCUUAGUAAGCUUGAGGUGCUGGCACUGCAAGUAAACAACCUCUCUAGGAACAUCCCAAGAACGAUCUUCAACCUGUCCUCACUUGUUCAGAUUGGUGUGGAGAUGAACGAGCUAGACGGCACACUGCCCUCCGAUCUUGGCAAUGGCCUACCAAAAAUUCAAUACCUUAUCCUUGCCCUGAACCAUUUGACAGGAAGUAUUCCAGCUUCAAUUGCCAAUGCAACCACAAUGUACUCCAUGGAUCUCUCAGGUAACAACUUCACUGGUAUUAUCCCUCCAGAGAUCGGGACACUCUGCCCAAACUUUCUGCUGCUCAAUGGGAACCAGCUAAUGGCAAGCAGUGCACAGGACUGGGAGUUCCUCACUUCAUUGACAAAUUGCACUAGCCUUAGGGGUGUCACACUCCAAAAUAAUAGGCUAGGGGGUGCAUUGCCGAACUCUAUCACUAACCUAUCGGAGCACCUCCAACUCCUGGAUCUCAGAUUUAAUGAGAUCACCAACAAAAUACCAGUUGGCAUCGGCAACUUUCCUAAUCUAAUUAAGCUAGGGCUCUCUAGCAACCGAUUUACCGGCCUCAUACCUGACAACAUUGGAAGGCUGACAAUGCUCCAGUUCUUGACACUAGAGAAUAAUCUAUUGUCUGGGAGGAUGCCAUCCUUGCUUGGAAACUUGACACAAUUGCAACAUCUUUCUGUAGACAACAAUAACUUGGAUGGGCCUCUUCCAGCAAGUCUUGGGAACCUAAAAAGGCUUGUCAGUGCAACUUUUUCUAAUAAUUUGCUUUCAGGUCCAUUACCUGGAGAGAUCUUUAGCCUAUCAUCCUUGUCAUUCAUUCUGGAUUUGUCUGGGAACCAAUUUAUUAGUCCUCUUCCAUCUGAGCUUGGUGGUCUCACAAAGCUCACAUACUUGUACAUGCACAAUAACAACUUAUCUGGGGCACUGCCAGAUGCUCUAAGCAGUUGCCAGAGCCUGAUGGAACUUCGUAUGGAUGGCAACUCCUUAAACAGUAUCAUUCCAGUGUCUAUAAGUAAAUUGCGAGGUUUGGAACUGCUAAAUUUGACCAAAAACAGCUUCACAGGUGCAAUUCCAGAAGAACUAGGACUCAUGACAGGCCUGAAAGAACUAUACCUUGCACACAAUAACUUGUCUCUACAAAUCCCUGAAAGCUUCAUAAGCAUGACAUCGCUGUACCAGCUAGACAUAUCCUUCAACGAUCUUGAUGGUCAAGUUCCAACACAUGGUGUGUUUUCCAAUUUGACUGGAUUCCUACUUGUGGGGAAUGACAAGCUUUGUGGUGGUAUUCAAGAGCUGCAUUUGCCUUCAUGCCAAGUAAAGUCCAUGGAGCAUAAUCGAAGGAUACUUAAAAUCAUCCAAAAAGCAGGGAUUCUGAGCGCUAGUGUCAUCUUGGUGUGCUGCAUAUUGGCACUUCUGGUCUUCAGUUUGAAGAAGAGAUUGAGCCCUCUGUCUGAGAGAGUAGAAAUAAUAGCUUCUUCUUUCAUGAAUGAAAUGUAUCCUCGAGUUUCUUAUUCUGACUUGGCCAAAGCAACAAAUGACUUCACAUCCAACAAUUUGGUUGGCACAGGGCGGUAUGGAUCUGUUUAUAAGGGGAGGAUGCAAUUCAAAAAUUCAGUAUCUGAUGUAGCUGUGAAGAUUUUUGAUCUUGAGCAAUCUGGUUCUUCAAAGAGUUUCGAAGCAGAGUGUGAAGCACUAAGCAGAAUUCAGCACCGAAACUUGAUUGGUGUCAUAACAUGCUGCUCUUGCCCUAAUUUGAACCAAAAUGACUUCAAAGCUCUUGUGUUUGAGUUCAUGCCUUAUGGUAGUCUUGAUAGGUGGAUACAUCCAGACACAGAUACAUCAAAUCCAGUCAAAGUUCUUACGUUAAUGCAGAGAUUGAAUAUUUCUGCUGAUAUUGGUGCUGCCCUGGACUAUUUGCACAACUGCUGCCAGCCAAGGAUAGUGCAUUGUGAUUUAAAGCCUAGCAACAUUCUUCUUGGGGACAACAUGGUUGCUCGUGUUGGAGAUUUUGGCCUGGCAAAGAUUCUCACAGAUCCAGAAGGUGAACAAUUGAUCAAUUCUAAAAGUUCUGUGGGGAUAAUGGGUACGAUUGGAUAUGUUGCUCCAGAAUACGGAGAAGGUGGUCAAAUUUCUCCAAAUGGUGAUGUCUAUAGCUUUGGUAUCUUGCUCCUUGAGAUGUUUACAGGUAAGGCACCUACACAUGAAAUGUUCAGCGAUGGAUUGACCUUGCAGAAAUAUGUGGAAAUGGCAUAUCCAGAGCUAUUGAUGGAUAUUGUUGACCCCCUUCUGCUAUCAGUUGAGAAUGGAUGGGGAAUAAUCAACUGUGUCAUGAGUGCUGUCACAGGAUUAGCACUAGUAUGCUGCAGGAGGAGACCGACUGAUAGGUUAUGCAUGAGAGAAGUUGUGGCUGAUAUACACACAAUAAGGGCUUCCUAUGUUGCAAACAUAAACAAAGUAGUAUCUGACUGAUGCAAUAUCAGUGACCUGUCCUUGAUUUUUAGUAUCAUGAAAGGUGUUGGGUCUUGAGUGCUGAACACUAGAAACAAAAGUGUGUCGGAUUUCAUUGACAUGACGAUCCACUACUAAUGUAGCACACCAUACCUAUCUGUUAGGCACUCCCAUUGAUUUUGAAGCCAAGUACAUGGGCAAGAUUUGUUAUGAAUAAAUAAUUAAUCCCAGGAAUGCUUCCAGUUUUUUUUGCUGAUGUACACUAAUUGGUUGUGUUAUAUGUUAUUGGUGAACACAAACCAUUACA